AUGGUGGGCAAUUCCUUUUUGUGGUUCCUAGUCCUCAUUUCAACAUGUCACGGUUCCAUACUCCCGAGGUUGCCGCCAGCCGCCGACGAACAAGAAGUCCAUCCAAAUAAUGGUGUAGGGGGUGGCGCUGGACCGUGGCGGAAGCCGGGCUAUGUUCGAAUGCCCGUUUCGAGGCAGAAGUUCAAUGGGACAGGGAAAGGACCAGGCGGAAUACACACGCCGCCGCCGCCAAUAUCGGAACACCCGCAACACGGCCCACCCCAUCAGCAUCCUCCAGCGGACCAACAAAGAGAUUCUACCCGGCCAGCGACAACCACCAAGUUGCCGCCGAUCAAGCGAGACCCCUUGGCCCUGCAAGCCCAACCAGUCGCUCCCCACCAGGGUACGAACAGCAGACGAUGGGGCUGGUCAAGCUUAGAGGAGCUAGGGGGAAUUGCGUACAUCAUCCAGUUGGAGAUCGGGACACCACCCCAAAAGGUCAAGGUGUUCAUUGACACGGGUUCCUACGAGCUUUGGGUCAAUCCUAGGUGUGACACCUCGGCCUCGGAGUCGAUUUGCCAAAGCCACGGCAACUAUUACCCAGGCCAAUCCUCCUCGUCUACGUAUGUAGGAGGCAAAUUCGCCGUCACCUACGGAACGGGAGCUGUCAGGGGGAGCUAUUGGUCCGACACAAUGAGUGUAGCAAGGAUCCUAGGGCUGGGAUAUUCCUACCCCUAUUCCAUCAACUACCCCAGCGUUUUGACUUUGAUGGUCGCUCAAGAGAUGAUCUUGGCCCCUAUUUUUGGCUUGGGGUUAGGGGGUGACCAAGAUAACUUCAGUGAGAUCAUAUUUGGUGGCGUGAACAGGUGGAAGUUUGCCGGCCCACUUGAGGCCGUUCACAUCUGGCCGCCCAUCUCACAACAAGACCCAAGAUGGAUACAAUACUGGGUCAACGUGACCUCGGUCGGCAUGACCAAGCCCGGCGAACCCGCCGUGAUCUACACCAACCGCGAUACCUUCAGCAUGCCGACGCUCCUCGACACGGGUUCCACUCUCUCCUACAUCCGCGAGGAUCUCGUUGCCCAGAUCGGCCAGCAGUUUGAUGCUACCAUCGACAGCGGAGGCAACUACAUUGUCGACUGCGCCUGGCGCGACGAACCGGGCACUGUGGAUUUUGGGUUUAACAGGGGCAGGAUGGUCAUCAACGUGCGCUACAAGGACUUUAUUUAUCAGCAGUAUCCGGGCCAUUGCAUGCUGGGGGUGCAACCCGCAGAUGUAGGAUCGACCCAUUACGUUCUAGGGGACACGUUUAUUCGCGGGGCUUAUUUGGUUUUUGAUCAACAGUCGGAUAUCGUUUGGAUGAACCAGUACUACAACUGCGGCGACGGGGUGGUUACGGUCGGGGCGACCAAGGGGGAUACGGGGUCCAUUGUCGGCGCAUUCACAACCGGCAGCCCAGCAUGCAGCGUCCUCUCAUCACCGCGCCCAUCCUCCCCCAAGUUCACCCAAAACACCGCAUUCCCCUCCACCGGCCGAAACGUCAACCCCCUCUCCCACGGCUCAUCACAAUCCACAAUCCUUUCAGCGCACCACCUCUCAUCCGCGGGCGCAUCCAGUCGCGGAAAAUUCGUGCCCCCACCGGUCGUCCCGGGCUCGACACGCACGUACGCAAAAAACGAACUGACGCGGUUCCCGCCCACGGCGGCGGACGCGUGCGGGCUGCGCGGCGGGAACCAGUCCGUGUGGAAGUGGAAGUGCUCCGUCGCCGCGUACUUGACCAACUGCAGCGGCUCGAGGUUGGUGCGCGGCACGUCGAACCCCUGGAAGGACAGCGCGCGGGACUCGAUGCAGGCGACGACGGGGUCGGAGGGGGGCACGGUGGUGGAUUGGGAGGUCCGCAGGGAGGUGUGGGCUGAGUUGGCGGUGGUGCCGCUGCGGGAGAAGGUCGAUUUGCUGGGGAGGAGGUACGGGUUGUUAGUGGUGAAGGGGGAGGGUAAGGGGUAG